AUGGAAACAAGCCCCGAGGCUCUGCUCAAAGUGUUUCUAGAGCGCCCUACUUUUAUCCCCUCCCUGGUAAAUCUCCUCCACAUCGGCUCCGUCCCGCAGCUCCUCAAUUGCCUCAUCCCAGACCGCUGCGUAGACGACCUUGCUUCCAUGGACCCACGCACAGUUUCCUUCGAGGCCCCCAUGACGUUGGCCCUGACUGUGCUUGCCGGCGGCGCUGUGUUGCAUCAUCUGGCCAAUGCGUUUGUGGAAGCUGCCCAGACCAUCUACACCGCCGCAACUUUGCCGCUCGAUGACGGAACCGUCGAUUCCGGACAAGUGCACAGGGCAGAGCAAAUCGCUUUCAACAUCGUGCAUGUGUAUGGAAUGGUCAUUCUCAAAUCUAUACGGGCAGUGCGGCUAAAGCCGGAUUGUAGGGCGUGCGGAUAUCUUAAUGUGUUUGGAAACGCAAAUAGUGCUAGCACUAUCGCGGGCUGCUUGCAAGCGGGAAUUGAUUUGUUCAUGGAAACGCACGGAGAAGAAUCAAGCAUUCUCAAGUAUGCAUUAGAAUUAACGAUCAAUCUGCUGCAAUGUCUUGACAAAGAUAAGGAACGACGUGUGGCGAGUGUUUAUGGGCAACCACAAAUGCUUGAGACUAGGGCAUUGGAGGCAGAAUUGGACCCACUUCUCCAACCGUUGGUCGGGGUGCUUAUCGACACAGUUGAGACAGGUCGCGGGCAUGGGCAGAUCCGCAUUCGAAUAUUAGAGUUUUUUGUGGAAUGUCAGUCUGUGUGCUCGGAACGAUUAGUGGACUCGUUCAAUAAGGCACGAAUUGGAGAAAUCGCGAUGACGGUGAUGCUGAUGAAUCCUCACAACUCGAUCAUGCAAAAGAUUGUGAGCCGAGCAGUAGAAAGUGCUCUGGUAACGAAGCACCGGACAGGUGGUUAUGCGCAUCACUGGCUUGUUAAGUCACGACUGAUCGAAAAAAUCAUGAGCACUUGGCGGCGAGAUAGUGGAGACAAGGCGUGGAAGGAUACUGGUCUCGCGCAAAAGAAACCGUACUUGUCGGCGCUGUUGCACAUGGGGUGUUGCGUGCAACACUGGAUGGCGAUUCAACGCGAGGUUGAAGAGUAUGUACCGGAUAGAAAUGAGAACGGGGGUGAAAAGGCAGGGGCAGACCCAGUACGAAAAGUGCUAGUAGACGAGGUGGUGUUAGAAUUUGAGGAAUUUUUCAAGAAUAGCAUGGACGGGAUCAUGAGGAUGGAAAGCGGACAUCUCGGGGGUGCUCCGCCACGAAGACGAGGGUCUCGAGCCGGCGGGAACAGUUUUGGUCGGUCAUUUGGUUCGUUUGGAACGACGUCGGCAUCCGUGUUGAGACGCAGCGGAAGUGGGAUGGGAGGUACUGGGAAGGGACAGAACCGGGCGCACUUGGUUCGGUCACCCAGUGCGCAUCGGUUUGGUUACGUUGCACCAGUGAACACGGUUCGAUCCGAGCUUGACGACAUGUUCAUAGAGGAUGACUUGACGGAGGGAGGGACGUUUGGAACGACGGAUGUUGGGACGUGCUUCUCGAGCAUGUUCGACGUGGAGUCGGAGAAUUCUUUCUGAAAUCGGGCGUGGAUAGGAGAGCGGAGGUUGUACCGUGCACUGCGGAAGGGUGUGGAUAAAAGCACAAGGGGCCGGGCGGUUGUAGAAGGCGGACGUCGCUUGAUGUAUAUAGUAGCAAGAGUAAAAAGUGUCGUUGCGGCGAGGUUAAAAA